AUGGCAGGAACACUUCUGGGGGUCCAGGCCGAGGCCUGGGCUCCAGAGCCCAAGACUAUGGCCAGAGACAGCCGAUGUCAGGCCCUGUGUCUCCUGUGACUGAGCCUUAUUCUGCUGGGGGCCCUGCAGAUCCAGGCCCAGGACUUCACCCUGCAACUGAUCACAGCCUCGUCUCUGCUUAAAGUCCCUGUGCAGCCUGAUCUCCAAAAUGUGCAGUUCCAGGGGAAAUGGUACAUCUUAGGAUUGGCAGGGAACGGUUUUAAUAAAGAAAAACACAGCAAGUUGAAGAUGUUUGCCGCCACCUAUGAGCUGAACGAAGACAACAGCUACAAUGUCACCUCUACCGUGCCCAGGGACAAGCGCUGUGAUCACUGGACGAAAAUUUUCAGCCCAAAUUUGCAUCUAGGCCAAUUCAACCUGAGCAACAUUGAGGGUUACACUGGAAUCCAGAAUUACACUACGCAAGUGGUGACCACAGACUACAAUCAGUUUUCCAUACUGCACUUCAAGAAAGUUUACAACAACCAGAAGUACAUCAAGGUCAACCUCUAUGGUGGGACCAAGGAGCUGCCUAAUGUGCUGAGGAAAAUCUUCACCAACUUUGCCAAAUCCCUGGGCCUCACCGAUGACAAUAUCAUCUUCACUGUGCCCACCGGUAGUUACUAGCUGGGUAGAGGAGAAGGGCACAUGGGGAUUGCCCAGGAGUGAUGUUCCCUCCCUAGGAAGGAGGGGAGAGGAGGGAUGCAGGCCCCUGCUGUGGUCACUGGAGCCCCGGAGUCACUUGAAGUUCAGGAAGCCCCUGUCACACCCAGGGUUCUGGUUCCCAUGUGUUCCUCU